AUGUCUGCCGACGAGAUUCGUGUCGUCGUUUGUGGCGAUGAAGGGGUUGGCAAGUCCAGUCUGAUCACCGCAUUGGUGAAGGAAAAAUUUGUCCCCAAUUUGCAACACGUUGUACCUCCAAUGACCAUACCAAGAGACUUCUCAUCCUCUGAAUAUGCUCCCAAAUCUACCAUACUCAUAGAUACUUCACCCUCAGACAUUGUGACUCUGCAAAAAGAGAUAAGACAGGCUGACGUGAUAUGGCUGGUUUAUUCGGACCAUUACACUUACGAGAGAAUAUCGCUCUACUGGAUCAUGAUGUUCAGGGCACUUGGAGUGAAUUUACCUGUCGUACUUUGCAACAACAAAAUUGAUCUUGUGCCCAUGGCAGAAGGUGAAAUUACCGUUGUUGAUGAGUUAAUGCCUCUUCUCAAGGAGUUUAAGGAGAUCGAGUCGUGCAUUCGUUGCAGUGCUAAGGAGAACUACAACGUGAACCAGGCAUUCUACCUUUGUCAACGGGCUGUCACGCAUCCAGUGGCUCCCUUGUUUGAUUACAAAGAGAAUUGCUUAAAACCCUUAGCGGUUCAUGCUUUGAAAAGGGUGUUUUACCUAUGUGAUAAAGAUCAGGAUGGCUUUCUGAGCGACCAGGAAUUCAUGGACUUGCAGCAGCGAUGUUUCCACAAGUCUUUGGAUAUAGUCGAGCUUGAGAUGCUCAAGAAGGCAAUCGCGGACGCUUCUGGAACGACUAAAGAGGAAAAUGGAAUCACUCAAACUGGAUUUCUUACGUUGAAUGAGAUUUACGCCGACACGGGCAGGCACGAGACAAUAUGGGGCAUACUAAGAACCUUCAACUAUACCGAUUCACUUUCAAUAGACGACAAGGUUCUGCAUCCGCGGUUUGACGUUCCGGCACAUGCAAGUGUGGAAUUAUCUCCUGUUGGAUAUAAGUUUUUGGUAGACCUGUUUCUGCUGUUUGACAAAGACAAUGAUGGAGGACUGAGUGAUGUUGAACUGGCGCAGUUGUUCUAUCCAACCUCGGGCAUUCCUAAGAUGUGGGAUGAGUCCAAUUUCCCACGAACAAGUGUUUGCAACGAACAGGGUUAUGUCACAUUACAGGGAUGGCUAGCUCAAUGGAGCAUGACGACGUUUCUGGAUUAUAAAACUACGCUGGCAUACCUUGGAUACCUGGGCUUCAACAGUGGUGCGAAGAAUGGCUCCACCACUGCAGCUCUCAAAAUCACGAAGCCCCGGAAAUUUAGAAAGCGCAACGGCAAGACGUUUAGAACUCCAGUUAAUGAUCGAACUGUGUUCAAUUGUUUCGUUCUGGGCGCGCCUGCUUCUGGUAAAACGUCGUUGCUUGAAGCAUUUUUGGGAAGGCCAUACAGCGAGAUGUACUCUCCAACUAUACAACCACGCAUAGUCGUGAACAGCGUGGAAAUAAAAGGAGGAAAGCAAUGCUACUUGAUUCUGGAGGAACUUGGUGAGCUCGAACCUGCGAUUUUGGAAAAUCAAAAGAGACUAGAGCAAUGCGAUGUCAUAUGCUAUACAUACGACUCUGCCGAUCCAGAGUCAUUUCAGUACUUGCUGAACCUACGCGAGCAGUAUCCUUUAUUGGACGAUCUUCCGGUGGUAUACGUUGCUUUGAAAGCUGAUUUAGAUCGGCAGCAACAGAGGUCCGAUAUCCAACCAGAGCCAUAUACCAGGUCCCUUUUUUUGCCGUCGCCAUUGCACAUAUCCUCCUCGUGGUCCUCAUCGCUUAACGAGCUGUUUGUCCAUCUCGUGGAGGCUGCCAGUUUUCCUAAAAAUGCUACGCCUGGUCUUGAGCCUGAGCCUCAGACCGAAACUAUCACUCCAUUCAUGAUAGCUGGUGGUGCUGUUGGGUUCAUGGCAGUUGCCUCUAUAUGGUUCCUCAGAGGGACUGUCCUCAAUACUAAGUGA